AUGUCAAUGUCUUCUGAACGUUCUGAUGUUCCAAAAUCUGAUCGUAAGAGCAUUCUAUCAUUUUUCCAGAAUCCUUCAAUUGAUAGAAAAAAAUCUGAGAAACAAAUGAGUUCCGAAGAGGUACGUGCCAAUGUGAUCAAUGAUGAUAAAGGCAAGUCAAUGAGUAAUGAUGUUGAAAUUACUACCAUCUCUGAUUCUGAAUCUGAGCAAGAACAGGAAAAUCCUUCUGAAUCUACAGGGGUCCAUAAAAAGGUUAAUUUGGUUACUGGAUCAAAUGAGGUUGACAUUAUUAAACACAUAGAUCUGCAAAAGAAAGCUGAGAUCGAGACCGAUGUAGGCAAUGGUAAUCAAGUAAAGAAAGAAGAGAAGAGUAAAAACAAUGAAGCUAAUGAUUCAUCAAAAGAAGAAAAAGCUAAACAGAAGAGAGAAGCAUUGCAAAAAGAAAGGGAUGCUAAAUUGAAAUUAAAAGAAGAAGACAAGAAACAAAAAGAAUUACAAAGGAAAAAAGAGAAGUUAGAAAGAGAGAAGAGAUUACAAGAAGAGAAGAAAAAGAGAGAAGAAAAAGCUGAAGAAGUUAAACGUAAACGUGAAGAAGUAAGGCUAUUGAAGGAAGCUGAAAAGUUAAAAAGAGAAGAAGAACGUCUAGCUGUCAAAAGAAAAAGAGAAGAAGAGAAAAAAGCUAAAGAACGAGCUCAGUCAAGAAUUGGUAAUUUCUUCAAAAAAGUUAAUGACUCUGGUACAAUGAUUUCGUCGAAAACAGAUUAUGAGAAACAAUUUUUGAAAUUUUAUGCCACUGAAGGUGUCCAUUUAUCUACUAGUCCUCAAUUAUCAUCUGAUGAUCUUAAGGAGAGCAUCAAGAAACUUGACUUAUUUUUGAAUAGCAGACUUGAAGACAAUACAGAAGAUAUCAAUCAAUGGUUAGAUAAAAGAACCAAAAGAAGAGGUUAUAAAGUUAAAAACACAGCUGUUAAUUUACUACAACAAAUGACAACUAAAGAGAAGGGAGAUGAUGCAUUGCAAGCCAUGUUAUCUUUGGUUCCUACUAAAUAUAUUAAAUUUUACGAAAAUGUUAGGCCGCCAUACAUGGGGACAUAUUCAAAGGACAUUAUAAUCCCAGCAAAUAAUCCGUUCACUACUGAAGGUACAGGAUACAGUUAUGAUUAUGAUUCUGAUUUAGAAUGGGUAAACGAGGAAGAUGAAGAAGGUGGUGAAAUUGACGAUUUAGAGUCUGGCGAAGAAGAUGAAGAAGAGGAAGAUGAUGAAGCUAGCGAGGGCGAAUUUGAUGAAUUCCUUGAUUCAGAAGACAAACAUGAAACGAAAAAAAAGAAAUUUAUAGGGCCACUGAUCCCCAUCGUCCAUUUACGUAAUGAUAUCGACAAGUUGGAAGAAGACGAUAAGACAUAUUUUGAACAGCUAUCGAUUGAAUUUUUACUUGAUCCAACUGCAUAUCCAAUUGAUCCAUUGGCGACGCCUAGUAUAAUUGCAAAUAUGAACAAUAACCAGUACAGCAAUACUAGUGAAGCGAUUGAUAAUAACACUAGUCCAUUGAAAAGACCAUCCACAGCAUUAGAAGAUGGGGAUAUAACGGGCACUUCAACGCCUGGAAGUUCACCAGAUAAGAAGAAACAAAAACACCUAAUUACAGAAACCAAAGCUUUAUUAAAGCUGUUUGAUAAUCUACAAGAUAGUACAUUUUCUUUGGCAACGGUAACGGAAAUUGUUCAAAAACACAUUCCAAAUUAUAAUAAACAAAUAAUUAAAAACACAGUGAAAGAGUAUGCAGUCAGAAGCACAGGGAAAGGCGAUACUCCACGUAAAUGGAGUAUAAAAGACAUGAGUGCAUGGAACGAAUUACGUUCUAAAUUGGAUAAGAAAGAAUAA